GAGCACUUGACCUCACAGUUGCAGACUAAGAGAACAACGCCCUGUUCUACCUACCCGGUUUGGUACUCCGGGGAAGGUAAUUUGCUGGUUUCUUCUGAACACUCCAUGAACAACAGGACAAUAUAGUGGGUGUUGGACCAAGUGAGAAGUGCGUAUCGCAUUUCAACUGGAAGCUCCACUCAACAGCAGCAUAAAGUCAGCGGACGAACGGAGUCCAACGCCAGCCACGCACAACGCAGUAAACAAAUGAAAGGAUUUAAGGAACUUUAACUUCCAAACAAUAAAUCAUCCAACAGAAUAAUGGAGCGGAAGUCGCUUUAUAAUAGUUUGGAUUUGGAGUGUGAUGGAAGGUCAAGGAAGGGAGGAAUGUUCAGCAGUGUGUUUAAAAGAUCCUCAAAAUCUACAGAACUCUCAUCAACAUCUCUUCAGGAUAACUCAUCAGUUCACAGCAAUGACAGUCUGUCUAACAACAACAACAAAGAGAAAGGAGGCAUGCUUAAAGGGCUAUUUAAGAAGACUUCAGAGCCAUCUCGAGAUGAGACACAUACUCAGCCAACACUUACAGUGGAGGGUGAUGAAAUGUCAGUAGACAGUGAUCUCUCAGCCAGCAGUGACAGUCUUUCUGGAAACAACACAAAUGAGAAGCGAGGGGUGUUCGGUGGAAUGUUUAAAAAGUCCCCUAAGCCUUUGGGUAGAAGAUUUCACUCACAAGACGAUAUGGACAGCCUGCCUGCUCAAGGCGACGUCUUAGGCAGCAGUGACAGUCUCACAGAGAACACCUCAAAGGGUGGAGUUAUGCCCAAAAUCCGUUGGAAUCCUUUCAGCUCAUCAUCCAACGACCAGGAGAACAAUCCACUGACCAGCGAAAAGCAAUCAAGGACUAAACAGGAUUACUUGUCUGUACAAAAUGAUCUCUCAGCCAGCAGUGUCAGUCUUUCCGAAACUACCUCAAAGGAUGAAUUGCCAGUAGGCAGUGAUCUCUCUCCCAGCAGUGGCAGUCUCUCAGAGACGACCUCUAAGGGUGGAGUGAUGGGGAAGAUUUUUCGGAAUCCGUUCAGUUCUACCACUAGGGAUGAGGACAGAGCUGCUCUCACAACAGACUCCAGUCAGAGGCCCACUUCUACAGAGAAGCUUUCUAAAACCAAGCAGGAGAGUGACUCAGAGAAGAUGGAUGACUGUGAACAACAGUCAAGUUCUAAACAGAACAAGCUGGUUGGAGCCAUGACAAAGCUGAAUCUGUUUCACUAUGCUGCUCCCAAACAAGACAAUGAAACUAGAACAGACAGUGAAGAACCACCUGCCAGCUCUGAGAAACCAUCAAGCCAUAAACAGAAUGUUGUGGUUGGAGCCAUGUCCAAACUGAAUCCAUUCCGCUCUGCGCCUAAAAAGGACGCUGAGGUAGCUGAGCUACCCAGACACCACGACAAGCAGCUGGAGGGGAAGGAGAAAAAUACAAAAACGGUCGAAAGCAGAAAUCUGAUCCAGCAAGGGCAGAAGGAGAGGAGCACAGAGCCUGAGAUUCCCCCCCGACCCACGGAGGAGCAGCUGAAGGGUACUGCCACCCGGGACAAACUGAGGAGGAGAGAGGCAGAGGACAGUCAGGCUAGCAGGAAUAUGAUCCCCAGAGAGAGAGCAGGGAUGAUGACUGAGAGUCCUGAAGUUCCUCCUAGACCCACUGAAGAGGAGCUUAACAGAUCUGUAAAAGGUGGUUGGCAAAAGCAUAAGAAGGCCAAUCAGGACCAAUCUGAUGAUGAAGUCCUUAAAGAGGGACAAUCUGUUUCCACCAGAGAACAGAAUGAGGAAGAGAAGGAUAGAGAAGAAGAGGAGGUUAACCCGUCUGAGAGCAAAAAGGUGAAACAGAAAAAACCCAAGAGGCAUAAUCCAUUCAUGCCACGUGGCGCGGCUAAGGCUAAAACCAUGCAGAAGAAUACAGAGGGACAGCAGGGAGCAACAGGCAGCAACUCUGCAGAGAAUGUAGAUGGCACGAAAUCCUUAUUUGACAAACUGGAGGAGUUCCGUGUAGACCGAAAUGAAAAUGAGUCAGAUCAAGAUGUGGAAAACCUUAUGGAGUGGUGGAACACAGUGGAGCAAUGGGAGGACAUGGCUCAAGAAGAGGACUUGACUGAAAAAGAAGAGGCCAAGGCGUUUGCAUUGACUGCAGAAAAGGUGCAGAAAGGCAUCCGGGUCUUCAACAAGCUUUUCUCAGAGCGGGCUGAGAGCCUGUGGCAGCACGUCAUUGACCUGAACAGCAUCGCUGACGGCCUGGACCUCUUCAACAAGAAGACCAAGAUCGCCCAGAUCACUGGCGGCUCCACCAGCGCCAUCGGGGGGGUGGCCACCAUUGCAGGCCUCGCGCUGGCCCCUUUCACCAUGGGAACCUCCUUGAUUGUAACGGCUGUGGGUCUAGGUGUUGCUACGGCAGGUGGGCUCACCUCCGCCGGUGCCGGCAUUUCCAACCAAGUCAACAACUCCUUGGACCGCAAGAAAGUGGAGCACAUCGUAGGAGACUACCAGGAAAAGAUGGCCGACAUCAACAAGUGCAUGAAGUUCAUCAAGCAGGGGAUUGAGAACUUGCGCAAGUUUGACGUGCUCAAGAUUAAAAACCAUGGAUAUAACCGAGACUUCCCGAGCCUCAACAACAUCUAUGAGGACGGGGCCAUGGCAGGCAAGGCCAUCCUCAUCAAUGCUAAUGAGAUUAUGCGGGUGGUGCAGAUUGCCAAUGUGGCGGGUAGUACGGCAGCCAGAGCUGUCCAGAUUGCCAGCAUGGCCACAGGGGUGCUGACUGGUCUGUUUGUGGGCAUGGACAUCUAUUUUGUGGCAAAGGACUCCAAAGAGCUGAAGAAGGGCGCCAAGUCUGAAUUUGCAGCUAAGAUUAGGGAGGUAGCUCUCCAGCUUCAUGAAGGAUUGGUGGAACUCAAUGGCAUUCGUGAUGAGCUCCAGUCAGCCAACACGCCCGACAAUGACAAAGAAGGUGCUGACUCACUUGCUACUGAGAAAGCUAAAACUUUUGACUACUCUGAUGACAAUGAUGAUGAGUUAUGUAAGAAAAAAAAUGAAAUGGCCGAUGAAGGCAAUCCCUCAUAUAACAGCAAAACCUAAAUGUGUCCGGUCUCUUUUAGUGAGAACAAUGUACUGUCCAAUCCAUGUUAUGUUCAAAACAUGAAGGCCAGUACAAGGCACUGUCUUUCACUACACUCACUCUCUAAAAAAUCAGAAUAACCAUCCGAAACUGCUACUCUUAUAAAAUCACUCUUUAAAGAGCGUAUCUUAUGAUUUUUACAUUUUGAUUGAUUUUUAGACUCAGACAUUAGUUAGUUGGUUUGUGAGACAACUUGGGUUUCUUAGGUUGGAUUUUAGUUCAUAUUGAAACUUUCACACUUAUUUAACAGCAUAAACAAGACUUAAGAGUAGAACUUUUACUAUUUAUUCUGAAUGUUUAUGAUGCUUCUGUUACAGAACUUUCAGGUGUGCUAUGUACAACUCAGGAGAGAUCACUGCAAAAUUAUCUUUUUAAUGGUUUUACUAUUUAUAGGUAUGUGUAAAAGGUAUGGGUUUUAUUUUAUAAACAAAGUUUAUAAAUUUUUUCCAGAGCUGCAGUUUUGUCUCAUUUUCCUUGAGGUUGGUACCAGUGAUCACAUUGAAGGGGGCUGGGGGGCUAAGUGAAGAGAUUCCUAUAACAGAGGGGUGGUACUUAUCCUGGGUGUUACUAAUGCUGGAAUCUGCUCUCAGCUUGAUGCUGAGGAUAUUGGUGUUGUAAACUGAUUUCAUAUUUUGACUAUUUAUAUAAUAAAAAUGUAAGUGGUAUUUCAAACAUUA